UCGAAAGGAAAGCAAAAUUGACGAGCAACAAACUUUCUUCAUCGUCGACAAUCGUUCGUCGUUGGUGGAACGGAUCCUCCUCCGUACAAUCACCCGUCCGCCUGAGGGCGCACUAUUAUUAAAUUGAUGAUCUUCGCUAAACCCUCCCCGCUCCCCCCAUCGGCAGCAAGGGCUAAGAUUAUUUACAGUCGAUGCGAAGAGGUUCCCUUUCGCCCUGUGCAAACGACCCCGACCGUCGCCGAUCGAUUAAUCAAUGAACAGAGCACAACCAUGCGCUCAGUGUGUUCGGCUUGGGACAGGUUUUCCCAUUUCCUUCCUUCCUGUGGGAAAUGUCGGUCACAAGGCGCGAGACUGUGUUUGCAUUAAGUGCGCUCCGCAGACAAGAAUCAUGGAAAGUGUGAAAGACCCCAGCCCAGUGUAGUCGCGCGUCUCGGAAAACUCUACACCAGCGGGAUGAAAUAUUGCCCAUGUCUAAAAGGUAAAAGACAGCGACAACUCUCGGAUCAAGCGUGCCAAUGAUGUCGACGCUACAGCAGCCAAUCGUACGCCACCGUGAAGUUUGCUCGGUUGAUUUGCAAGUUGACGCACAUUUUGUCACACUUUUCCCUCGACCGUGCAGAUACACGUUCGCCGAUGCUUAUGACCUAGCCCUAGUGGAUCGGCGCACGGCCGUCCUACGAUGUCCGCUGUUUGGCUGUGGAUAAUUAAAAAACGUGUACCUGGUCGGGCGGAACAACCGGUGGAAAUGGCUUCGGUUUAUCAUAUCGCGGAGAGCGGAAGAUAGCAGUAGGCAAGGUUGUUGGUACGUGUGAUGACAUAUAUUUGCCUCGCUAAUGGGAUGCUUCCCGCGCGCUGUGUACUUACGCCGACUUUCGAUCAAACGAUGUCAACGGUGUAGCGUGUAGUGUACGGCAAACGUUUUCCCUCUGUCAUUGCACUCUGGUGAAUGUUUGCAGAAAUAGAUGUAUAGUACUUGUCGUUAAGAAUGGUUGCAACAUACCGAACUGGUCAACAAAAAUACCCGUGGAUUUAACGAUUUAUCUUGUACCUUCGAUUGAAGUGUCUCUUAGAAGGCAGAAGCUCGUUGGAAGCUUAUCACUGCAAACAAGUACCGGAACCCGCCUAUAAAGUAUCGCGACCUUGCGAUGAAAGGCACACACCCCUCAUUAAAGUGCUAUUCCUGGCCCCUCACUCGUCUGAAGGAGAUAUCAACCGGUGGCCUUGCAUCGUUCCAUUCGCUUGUACACCGUCCGCCUCCGGAAGAGAGUGAAAGUAUCGGGAAAGGGACUCGCAGAGUUUAAUCGAAUGCUGCCAAACUGGAUUGCCGCGGCACUGGUGGGUGCGGGCACGAUGGAUUUGAUUAUUAUUUUGACAGACCUACAACCGUUAUCGGCUCAGAAAGAAGCUGUACAAAUGCUCUGGCACUGAAGAGCUCCAAGACCGAUCCCACCUUCACCAGCAAGUCACACACACCAAGCAGGCGUUGAGAUCAUGUUGCUGCGAAGCUCUGUCACCGCGGGAUUGUGACGUUUCGCAUCGCGUGUCAACGUCCUUCGAGAACGGUACGGUGUGGAGAGCAAAAAGAACACUACCAUCACGAUUUCUAUUCAAAUUAAAACCCGCAGCUCCCACACAGAAACCGUUUGCUUGCUUGCUGGUGGUGGUGGUGGUGGACAACUCGCAAAUUGACUGCGCGUCCCACUUCACGUAUGUUUCGGCAUGCUAGCCAACGGGGCGUGUGUUAGUGUAUGAGUGUGAAAUUGCAAUAGAAAAAGGCUACUCUGAGUGUAAAUCACCAAUACCAACACAGAAGGGGGUGAUCUCAACACGAUCUGCCUGUACAAGAUUUAUGGCUGGAGGAUGGGGUUGAUUCUGAGAAGCAGCUUCGAUCAGCUUGUGCCGGAAGAGGAAUGGCUGCGAGAUGCGGUUUGCAGAUUAACUUUACGAGACUAUAAACAUUAUAACCAGAACACUUCUUCUUAUGCCUCUGUGGACUCUUUCGUCAUAAUCAGUGAUCAAAUCUUAACGUUGCAAAGUGAAACGAGUUGACGCAGAAAAUAAAACGCGUAAAAACCUGUUUGUGAACGUGUUAAUCGUGAAUCUACUGGCAAAGUGUGUGCUCCCGCGACAAGAAGUCUUUACGGUGAGUUUAGAGAAACCACACUAAAGUGUGUACUGAAGUGGUGACGUGUUGUUGUAAAAGUGUGAAAUAAGAUUCUGUUACGGUGUUUUUGUAUAUAUCUAUGUGCGUUUUGUGUGUUUGUAAAAUCGUAAAACAGUGCCCGCUAGUGCCGUUAAAACCGCCUCUUUGGCUGGAAGUGUAACGAGAUCUUUCGGUAAGUGUCACAUACGGUUCUGUUAGAAGAGUACGUUUAAAGUUGUUGUGUGUACAUACUGAGUUGCUGAUAAAGGUGUCUGCUUGUGGUUGGAAGAAAUUAAAUUCACCUUCUGUACAGUGAACAGGGGGCGUCCCCGUGGGUGUAGAAUUGUAAUUGUGUUCUAACGGAGUCCGUACGGAGUAGUGACUUGAAGUCAUACAAAGCUGCUGAAGCUGCUGCUGUUGCAUCCAACGACCAGUCUUGACCGGAUUGCAUCACCUCCCCUUUAAGAUCAUCCUCCAGAGUUAGACUGCCGAAUUCAAAAUGGGGUCGCUAAAAUUGCAAGAGGUGAAGUUCCUACCGAACCGGCGACGGAACGGAUGCAAUGAUGCAUAUCAAAAGCAGUCCCACCACACCGCUGGUGGCCGGUGAGAAGCGUCCAAAGAAGGAAUCUUCCCAGCCGCAAGACACUCGUAAGGUGUCCAGCUUCAUACAACGGUUCUACUUGUUUGGCAACAGCCCGAGCACACCGCACGGAGCGGAAGCGGAACCCGAAGCACCGAAGGUUAAGAAGACGAAAGUGUCCAACCAGCAGACGACCGGUGACACACAACCAAACUCCAAAUCAGCAGCAACCGCUAGACCCGGCAGCUCGCCGAGUACCGACGGUACCGUAUCGUCAUCAUCCGAGCCAUCUGAAGAGUUGAACCCAGUGCAGUAUCCUUCGUAUAGUGUCCAGCGGCUGCGACAGUUCUGGAACAACCGGCUGCUGUCGAAUCAGCAACCAACAGGAUCUUCCAUCGACACGCUAGUGAGAAAGGCGAAGAGUGCAACGAUCGGAGCACCAACUGGGGCAGCUGCCAGAACCGUUCUGCGUAAAUCACCUUCACCGAAGGCGAUCACACGAUUCCAACGCAACGGUUCUAUUACCCGGUCAGGCAGGCGUCGAUUCGGAACGCUCGACUGUUCCGAAAGUGUUCGUAGCGGGCUGGACGUUAACCUGCAGCGGUCUGCUCAACCACCGAAACGAUCGUCCCAUGCCGCCCUGCUCAGCCCCGAUCGGGAAGCUCAGCGCACGCUGGUAGAGAAGCGACCGUGCGUUGGAUCUACGCCGGUGACGGCCGGACCUAGUGCGCGAGAAUCUUUCCCACUGGCCGUUUCCACCCCGAAUGGUAGUCAGAUCCAUUGGGCACGUCGAACGGAACUGCUGGGGAUUCGUGCCCUCACGCAGGAGGAAAAGAAGCAGAGCGCCAAAAUGCCACUACGGGUAGAGAACUACGUGAAUAGUUACAUCGACGUGGACAUACAGAGCGUCGGUGGACAGGAUGAACCGACAAGAAAUGUGUCAGUCCCUGUGCAAGAACCACCAAAGGAUGCUUUGGAGAAGUUACCACCGAUCCCCAACACGUCUACCCCGGUCACCACACCGGCACGGCAACCCAGUACCUCUUCCCUGGGCCGGAAAGGCAACACUCCGACGCGUAAAAUCAGCUUCAUGAACAACAUUUCGCCCUACAAUCGUAAGCUGCUCGCCUGCAAUGGCACGAAGGUGGCCGCACUUACCAGCAAAUUCAAUCAAAUGAUCCAGCAGGACGCUGGAUUGCUUGCGCAGGUGCAGAAGCGCGGUGGCUAUCUGCACAAAUGCGGCAAUGUGGCUUACAAAGUGAUUGAAGAUCCUGGCAGCGAUGGAGUGUACGGCUUUACGUCGACGGGACGUAUGAGCAGUGUAAGAAGCAGCUUACGAAAGAAACAAUCAAACGCAUCGGCUACUUCCGGUGGAGGUGCGACUGCUGCUGCUACCACUGCCACUGCAACUGCUACUACUGCUGCAGGAACCGCUGGAAACCGUACGGACGAAAGUUCGGACGAAAUCUCCUCAUCAGCGUCGAGCAAAAACUCUUCACUUCGCAAAACGGGACUACGGAAGCGACCGAGUUUGCGGAAAAAUAUUUACCGCCGACCGGAGUGGGAAACGGGACGCAGUUCGCUCGGCGUGCGGAAAGUGCUGGAGAUGUUCGAGCCGAACCUGCACCAUGGGCGGGGCAAGCGGACGGAGAGCGGCGAUACGGGCAAACCGCCACCGGGGCGUAGUAAGCCGAAGGUACCGGACAAAAGCGAGCAAGUGUUGCAAAAAACGAAAGACUUCAAGUCGAAGAAGGUGGUAAGCGAGGUAGUGGAGAAGAGCAAUCGACGGGCUCUAAAUGAACAAGUAGAGGAGGUGCGUGGGGAUGUAGCGACUGCCAGUUCGGCGGACGAACAUGUCGUUGAUGGAUCUAGACAGGAAACAAAUGAUUCAUCUGCUGUUAGUAAGGAAGCUAAAAGCAAGGACGUAGUUGUCUCACCACAGGAAGCUAAAAAGGGAAGCAAUCAAAGCAACGGCAUUACAUCGAAACUACACAAGAACUCACCUAGAGAAGCUUCUAAUGCGAUUGUACCUUCGAAAGGAGAAAAUCUAAAGCCUACUGAGGUCCUAUCUGACGGUCACAGUAGCUUUGGAGAGCUCCAUCCUUCUUACAAUUGGAUGGAUGGAACAUAUGAUCAAAUCGAUCUUGAAGAACCCACUAAUGGAAAGGAGAUCUCCGCUGUUAGUAAACCGAACGAAAUGAUUUCCUCACAGAAGGUUCUGAAAGAGAAGGAAAAGAGCAAGAGUGCUGUAUCAAAGAUUCAAGAGCGUCUCACGUUCAGGUCGUCCAAGAAGGUCACUGUUGAAAAUACUGCCCCCAGAAAAGAGCCAUCGGAAGGAGUCGCAAAUCGUUCCGACCAUGUCUUAGGCGAGGAUCAAGCUGCAUACAGUUCUGUAGAGAAGGGAAGCAACCAAGUCACGGAAGAACCAUCACCGUACCAUGCUGUCAAAACCUCGACAGGGUCAAAUCAAGAACUUAUUGAUGUCCUGCCCGAUGGCGAUAGUAGCGAAAUUAAUGCAGCAUACAGUUCUGUGGAGAAGGGAAGCAAAAAAGUCACGGAAGAACCAUCACCGUACAAUUCUGUCAAAGCUUCGACAGGGGUAAAUCAAGAACUUACUGAGGUUUUAUCCGACGGCGAUAGUAGCUUUGGCGAGCUCCAUCCGUCUUAUAGCUGGAUGGAUGGAACAUACGAUCAGAUAGAUUUGGAAGAACCCACUAAUGGAAAAGAGAUCGCCGUCGCCACGACCGAAAUGAGUGCCUCUCAAAAGGAUCCGAAAGAGAAGGAAAAGGGCAAAAGUGCUGUAUCGAAGAUUCAAGAGCGUCUGACGUUCCGAUCAUCUAAGAAGGUUGCCGUUGAAAAUGCUGCUCCCAGAAAAGAGCCUUCCGAAGAAGUCGCUAUUCUUUCCGACGAUGACUUCGGUGAGAACCAUGCAGAAUAUAGUUUUUUAGAGAAGGGAAGCAAACAAGUAACUGAAGAACCAUCACCGCACGGUGCAGUCCAACCUGACAGUAGCCAAACGGAAACAGUUGUAACAACACCAAAGGAAGGGAAGGAGAAAAAGAGAAGCAAAAGCACUGUAUCGAAAAUUUACGAACGCUUAACGUUUCGAUCGUCCAAAAAGAUGGCGGCACCGAGUGAGCGGUCGGAUGAGGUAGUGAUCAUCCGGGAGGCAGAGGAUGCUAAUCGAAAGGCUCCCGGGCUCCGCCGAUCCUUUGUGUCGACGAUCGAGAUUCCGUCGAUACAUCCAGAUGAAAGGGCAGUAGCAUCACCUUCGCCAGAGGCAUCCAGAGAAGAGUCGACCGAAAAGGAUAGUUCUGAGCAGAAGAUACUCGAAGCGAUCAGUGCCGUUAGUCAGAGGAUUGAUAAUCUAUCAAAGAGCUUCAGUGAUUUAACGCUAACUGAUGACGAGAACACUCAGGCGAAACGUACAGCCGAUGCAGAACAGGAAGAAGAUGUUCAGCAGGUGCGUCCGAAUGCAUCCUUUCUGUUUCGCGGUAUGGGUUCGGCAGGAUCUAGAGCAGGGUUGGAUAGCAAGCACGCCAGUCAGCACAACAUCGUCGAAGCGGUCAAUACGGUCGUCAUCAACAAAUCGCUCUCGAUGGAUGAUCACCAUUUCCCUUGUGCACGGGGCGAAACGGGUAGAAUGAGCCUGAACGAGCGUUCGCGAGCACAGCGUGGCCUGGAGGAUGAUUACGAACCAGUCACCCAACCCGAGGAGAAGUUGCCGUCGGCAACAGGCUCCAAGUUCUGCUCCACACCUUCCAUAACGAUCGAUUUGUCCGAACUGACGAGCAAAAUAGAAUCGUUCGUGCACAAAUCAAAGCGCGAAUCAGACAACAUCUACCAGAGCAUUCCAAUAAAGUCCCAAGGGACAGGUAAUACCGCUCUUCUCCACCAGCCUGAGGAUGCCAUUAGCGUCAACAGUUACGAAUCGUUCGAAAACUACGAAUCGAUCGAGCAUGAGCUUCUUUCCAGCACACGGAAGCAAAAUCCCGAGAAAGCAUCCGGCGAAGAGGACACGUACGAGAUUUGCAGUCCACCGCCGGAGCUGCCACCCGCCCGGGAAGACUCUCGCAACGAUCUGACCCUACCACAACCAAAGCGCAAUCUAUCCUCGUCCCCCAAAACGCUACCGAAACACCUGCAGGUAACCUAUCAGUCCAACUACGAACGCAUCAAGUACAGCAAGAUCCCACCGAGACCACCGAAACCGGAGGAAGUCCCACUGCCGCCGCGUAACAGUUCCACUGCCAGCACUGGAGCAACGUCCAGCGCAGCGAACAUCAUGCUGGAAGCCAGUACGUCACACUCCUCCUCCACGGAACAAGCGUCGUCCGGCGCGGGCGGAGAUUUGCUGGACAAAUCACCCCACCGGCAGGAGCGCAUCUACGAGGAGAACAUCUACGACACGAUCCGCAGUGCGGACGGUGUCGACUAUGACGAUCCGGCCUGCGGUUCAGCGGAGCUGGACCCAACGCAGACAACGCAACCAGGUGGCAUUAGGGUGGGCCUAUCGUCCCGCGCACGCCAGCAACCAUCGCCGCCCGCCGAUAACGUAUCGCUCGUUUCAUCCAACUGCUACGAAUCGAUCGGACUGCGGCUGGAGUACGAGCGGAGCAUGAUGUUGGCGCGGCGCAACCUGGCCGGCGGUUCGACCACGACGCUGGCGUCCGAUCAAAUCACCAACAGCCUGUACGGUGUUACGGCCGGGCUCGCAAGCUUAACACCACCAAGUGAACGUGGUAGUGACACAAGCAACAGUGCCGACUGGACCGACAUCUCCGACGAGGAUGAGACGGGUGAGCGGGCCGAUGUGACGACGGCGAUGGCCACGGGGGGAUCGAAGCGACCGAACUUUAUCGUCGUACGGGAGCGCAAGCGGACGCAUCAGACACCGUUAAGGUCGCGGAAACUGGCUCGCAUCUCGCACCCGAAGAUAGACGACGAUUCCGAUCAUCACUAUGAAUCGCUUUACUCGAUCGGUUCGAACGAUGGGCGCCACCAGCACCAGCACGAUUCCAACUACACCACCUUACCGCCGCACGCGGAAGGAUCCCUGCUUUCCGGGAAUGCCGCGUCCGGGGUCAACUUCCACGAGCAUCGAGCCGGUGGUGGUGGUGGUGAUGCAAGUGCCGCAAUGCUACUUCCCCCUGACGACGAGUUCGACUCGUUCGACAGCGAUGACACGGAAUACGAGGACGAAGACGACGAUCGGAACCGAGCCCGAACGGACAGUGGAGUGGACAUACGGAAUGCGAAGCUGCCCGAUCCACCACCGUCCAGCAGUCAGGUGUACGUGCUGGUGCAAAAGAUCAAGAACCUCGGCACACUGUCGGAGAUAGCGAAAAGCUUCCACAAGCUGUCCAAGAAAAAGGGAACCAAAGGCGCUACUACGACGACCGGUGCCGGUGGUGGUACGUACGAGAAUACGGUCCUGGGCUCGAAGCACGCCGGCACCAAAACAGGAUCCAAAGGAAUGAGCUCCUCCACUUCCUCGAAAUCGUUCAAACUGCCGCCUCUCCCUUUAGUCGGUGGCGGUGGUGGUGUGCCAAAACCACCACCGGAGGACUACGAGGGGGCAGCAGUCGGCUCACCGCACUCCGGGUCGCAUCCGGCGCCGCCUGGUUCGUCCUUGCUGCUGCCGGCUUCCUCGCCAUCCUUGUCUUCGGCGUCCACCACGGCUAAUCGCGCUGCUGCGGCGACGCCGCUCAUCUCUAGUCCCGUGCCGGAGCAAUCGUCGUCCGCCGGUGUGCGCAGCACGAGCGAGUCCAGCAACGUGAGCGGCAAUGUGCCGAAAGCCCCCGGCACCGCGGGUUUCUCCCCGGCCGACGGUGCGACGCGCAAAAAGUCCAAGAGUACCAAAUCGCUGCGCUCGAAGCUGCGCAAAAGUCUCGUGUCCGAUUCGACCAGCCUCAACAUCGGAAGCUCGUUCAACGGGUCCCGCAGCACGUUCUACGUAACGUCGGCCGAUGUGGAUUCGGGCAUCUUUAACGGGUCGGACGGUUGCCUCAAUCCAUCCGCCAGCAGUGUGUCCCAGUCGCAGGAGAUGCCAACGAAACCGGUCGAAGACAAUCGACGAAAAUCGAUUGCCUCUGCAACCGGGACGACGGGUCACGGGCGUCCAACGAUACCGCCACCACCGCCACCGGCCGAAGCGGGCAGGAAGACGGCAGCAUCUUCCUCCGUUUCGCCCCUGCUGGCCGCAAGCAACAGCAAGUCGGUGAGCAAGAAGCUGGGCGCUACCUCCUGGUACGCGGAGUGUGGCGUCUUCAAGCAGCCGCACUCCUUCGGCACCGGAAGCGAUCAGUCGCUGAGCAAUGGAAAGGGCGAUGGUAGCAUCAGUCCCCGCAGCUCCCUACCACCAAAGGACGGCGGGCCUACCGGUGCUGGACCUGGUGGUGGCAUUGGCGGCAGCGCCGGCGAUCGCACACUCACCAGCAAUGGGCACACGUCGGCCUCGUCGUGGUACGCGGACAUCUACCAAACCAGUGGCGCAUCGGUGGCGAGUUCGAGCGAAAGCUCGGGCGUCUCUACCGGCGGAGAGGGUGGACCGGGCGACGAUCAUUCGCACAGCAUGUUUGUGAACGAACCGCUGUACCAGAUUUACAAUGCCGCCAAGCUGGAAUCGAUCACGCGGGACAUUGAUGCGGAAAUUAGUGGCCGCUCGGAGGCGGAGCUGUACGACGAUGGGUACGAGAAGAUUGCGGAGCGAAACCGCCGACGGAAAACGGGAGGCGCCGGCGAGCAGGAGGGAGCAGAGGAAGGUGAUGAAGGUGGCUGCUCCAGCAGCUCGGGCAGCUCGUCCACCGAUGGGGACGAUCGGGGCGAUGAUUCCGCGAUGCAUUUGCGCAAACCUUCGCGUCCAACGGCGCUGGAGCUGAUUGAGCCGCACAUUGGCAAACUGCGUACGCUUUGGUGCGAAGUGCCGGAGGUUCGAAAUUCCGAGAUACUGGCUACCCUAACGCCGACGGAAAAGCGGCUACAGGAAGCCAAGUUCGAGAUACUCACCUCGGAAGCGUCCUACCUGAAAUCGCUCAAUCUGCUCCGGACGCACUUUGUCAACCAUCCUGCCUUCCGCGACACGCGCAUCCUCAGCUCCUCGGAGCGGAAAACGCUCUUCUCCUCCAUCAUACCGGUGCAGGAGUGCUCGGACCGGUUGCUGUGCGAUCUGGAAAACUGCUGGCAGGACAACAUUAUGCUGCUCGGGCUGAGCCACAGCAUCUACAAGCACGCGGAGAAGCACUUCCACGUGUACGUGACGUACUGUGAGCAUCAGGCCAAGAUCGAUCGCACCCUGAAAGCGCUCAAAGCCAACAAGCCGGAGUUUGCGCGCACACUGGCCGCGCUCGAGGCGGACCCAGUCUGCUGCAGUCUCAGUUUGUCCUCCUUUCUGAUGCUACCGAUGCAGCGCAUUACGCGCAUGCGCCUGCUGCUGGACGCGGUGCUGCAGCGCUGCCAUCCGGACGAUGACGACGAGUUCGGCAGCUGGGAGAGUACGUUCGUGCUGAUCAAUCGCAUCCUGACGCAGUGCAACGAUGCGGCCCAUCGCAGCGAGCAGCUGUACGAGAUGGAGCUGCUGUCGCGGCAGAUCGAGUUCCCGACGAACGUGCGGCCGCUGGCGAUCGUGCCGUGCGGUAUCGGGGCCGCCCCCAGCACGAUGCACCGGAAGCUGGAGAAGCGCGGCGAUCUGGUGCACGUGCUGUGGCGCGGGGACGAUGCGAAGCUCACGUUCGGCAAGAAGUUCUCCAAGAGCAAUGUGUACGCGUUCCUCUUUACCGAUUUGCUUGUGUUGACCAAAAAGAAAAGCGAUGAAAGCUAUCUUGUGAUCGAUUACUGUCAGCGGGCAUUGCUGACCGUCAGCUCGGGCGAUAUUGUGACCGGUCUGCCGGCCAAAGAGAUGCAAACAAUCGGUAAAAAUCUCAUCAUCAUGACACUGCUGGAGAACCACGAGGGCAAGACAAUCGAAAUGAUUCUUAGCUGCCCGUCCGAAACGGAACGCGAACGCUGGCUCAUGGUGACGGAACCGCCGGCCUCGGAAAACCCGGACGAGAAGAUCUACGAGCAGUGGGACUGUCCGCAGGUGAUAGCCGUCCAUCCCUACCAAGCGCUGCAACCGGACGAACUCGAUCUCGACAUCAAGGACGUGGUGAACGUGCAUCGGAAGAUGGCCGACGGCUGGUACGAAGGUGAACGUAUUCGUGACGGUGCCGUCGGUUGGUUCCCGAGCAACUACACGAAGGAAAUCCCGUCGGCCCACAUACGGGCGAAGCACAUCAAGCAGCGCCACCUGCUGCUAACGUACACCUCCAAGUACAUCGACACUGCCACUAAAGCCCAUCAUCAUUACCACAAUUACUAUCAUCAACCGCAGCACCAGCAGCAGCAUCAUCAUCAUCAACUUCAUCAUAAACAGCAGCAUUUGCAGCAUCAGCAGCAGUAUCAUCAUCAUCAUCAACAGCAGCAAAGCAAAAAGUGAAAUAAAACCGUGAUUGUGUACUGUACUUAGAAAUAGAGAGAGGGAGAGAGAGAGAGCGUGCGAGCAUUUUGAAGGGAAGUGAAUUUGUACAAUGGAAUAUAUCUAACACACCUGUACAGAGCUGUGUGCUGUUAAGGUUGCCGCAGUUUUUAGACCGUCAAGGUGGGGAGGGGUGUGGGCACAUCAGCACCGCUCCCGCGCUCUCGCCGGUCAAGCAAUAGUAGAAUAAGGGUAGGAUAGUUUUAGCCGUUCGCGUAUCUAGAAUAUCGCUAGUAGUGUUGUACUAUACCGUGUAGAUAUAGCCCCCCUGUUUCAUGCCAACAUUUCGCUCUAUCUAAUCGUUACACUGAAUUUAAUGUGAAAUAAAAUGUUAUUGAAUCAAA